GCCGCCCGUCGGACCCUUCUCCGUUAGGGUUUUCUGGUCGCCGCUCUCGCUCUCGCCUCGGGUUCCUGCAGGCGCGGCUUUAAUGGCGAUCCAGCAGGAUGAUAAGCUCUUCAACCGCUGGCCCUUCGACGGCGGCGAGGUACUUCCGAUGGGUCUCAGCAAGACUGAAAUUAAUUUGAGAAGAUUGUUGGAUGCUGCUCCACGACAGAAGAAUCAAACAAAGCUCAUACAUUAUGUCACCACAUUAAGGGAACAAUUAGAGCAAUUAGGUGCUGAGACUACACCACAAGGAGCACCAAGUAUCCCAAAAGCAAAAUUGAAUGAAUACUCUGAGAGGAUUGAAGCCCUUGCUGCCAAGUUAGCUGCUCCACUGGCAGAACAUGAAGAGGCUACUCAUGAAGCUAAAGAGGAGGGCCCAUCCAGCACAGAGCAGACUGUGAAUUAUACAAGCUCUCUUCCAGGAUUGAGGAGGAGGCCCACAGCUAAGAUGGAAACCAAGGAAAGCAGUCAUGAUGCAAAGGAGAAGGAUUCAGCAAUGCCAGUUAAAUUGGAUGCAUCAGCACUGGAUCAUAUUGAGAAGCAUAGAAAGCUUCAAGAAGAUUUAACAGAUGAUUUGGUUGCCUUAGCACGACAGCUUAAGGAAGGUAGUCUCUUGAUCAACCGAUCUGUGCAAGACACAGAGAAGAUUCUUGAUUCCACUGAGAACGCUGUGGAGCAUAGCUUGGCGAGCACCAGCCGUGCCAGUAAACGGGCGAUCGAGGUUUACUCGGAAAGUUUCAAGACCACCUGCUUCACAUGGCUUGUGAUCUUCAUUAUGAUUUGUGUGUUCAUUAUGGUGGUUUUGCUCAUCCGUAUAACCUAACAUGCCUUUGUUCACUUUGUGUAUUAUUUCGUAUGGAGUGGAAUCGGAUUGUCUUCCAAACUAUUUUUGAGUCUC